AUGAUGGUCCUCUUCCUCGCUAUGGCCCUCGCACUGGGACACGCUGUGCCAGUCUCCAACACUUCUGACGAAGUUGUAAGGAAGGAAAUAAACCGAGCACUUAAUGUAUGGGCAAAACACACCAAACUUGUGUUUGUAGAAAAAAUAAACAGUGACGAUGUCGACAUCGUGAUGUCUUUCCAGUCAAAAGAACAUGGUGACUACAGUGAUUUCGAUGGCAUGGGAGGGGUAGUGGCACAUGCUUUUUAUCCAAACCAGAAUCUUGCCGGCGAUGUCCACUUUGACGCUGAUGAGGAUUGGACGACUGAAAACUCUGACAUCAGUUCGAAAACGCAUCUGUUCUCAACCGCAGUUCACGAAAUCGGCCACUCGCUCGGAUUGGGGCAUACCUCGACAAACGACACCAACGACUCGCUGAUGUUUCUCAUUUACAAGCAGUUACCUACUGAUUACGAGCUGCCACUGUAUGAUAGGCAAAACAUCCAAAAGCUAUACGGAGCUCCAGUUAAUAAUCGAAGGGUAAUGUAUUCUCGACCUGCUACCACAACGACGGCGAUACCCAAGCGGAAAUCAAAUCAAAGACAAAUGCAACAUCGAUUCAAAUAUUAUUCACAUGGGUCGCUACCUUAUCAUGAAAUAAAAACUCAAAUAACCAGUACAACCACGCGUCGGUCCAAUACCAACCUUGAGGAGACCCGGGGAUGUGAUCUCGGGAAGUACGACGCCGUGAGCCUCUUAAGUACAACGUACUUUUUCAAGGGAAGUACUGGAUGGGCUGCCCCCAAAAUGUGGACCACACCAGCAAAGCACAUCAUCGAGUUGCGAGUACGUGGUAUCGUCGAAAUAUUCCGCGACCAUAUUCCACCUACAAGGGAGUAA